AUGCCUUCCUACCACCACUCUCCUCUGCCCGAAGGCAGCGUACGCUUGCUCCGGCUUCUGCCGCAUCGAGACGAGCAAUCCCGUAUCGAAUGCAACCUCUCUGUCUGUCACCUAUUGGACUCGGGAACCGCACAUCCCUUUGAAGCCUUAUCCUAUGAAUGGGGUUCUGGGGGCCGCCCUAAGUCUAUCUUGAUCAACGACCGUGAAUACGUUGUUGGGCCGAACCUGCAUGCAGCACUGUUGCAUCUUCGGGAUCGUUUUGUGGAUCGGAUCGUGUGGGUAGAUGCUAUCUGCAUCGACCAAAAAAACACGGCCGAAAAGAGCCAGCAGGUUCAGUCCAUGGCCAAGAUCUAUGCCAAAGCAAGUCGUGUUAUUGUUUGGCUCGGAGAGGCGACAGCCACCAGCGACCAUGCGCUUGAGGAUAUACGGAUGAGUUCGAACCAGCAAUCUCCAGCUAUCGACAAAACAAAUAAGGAAGCGAUCCUUGCCCUCAUCGAGCGGCAAUGGUUUCAACGCAUCUGGGUCCUUCAGGAGGUUGCCGCAGCUCGGCAUGUUCUCGUCAAAUGCGGGCCUACCGAGAUCGACGGAUAUGCGUUCGGCUCAGGCCUCGAUGCACUCAAGUCGCUCUACGACGACAACCCAAACCUGCGCGGCUUGAUCCCUCCAAUAACCUACCUCAUCAGAAACGCCGUCUUCCGGCCGAGAUACAACGCGAUUGAGCGAGGCAGAUUCUCGCUAUCUAUCCGUCCUUUGGGCGAAUUAGUAGAUAUGUUCCAUACCCGCAAGGCUACAGUGCCUCUCGACAAAGUUUAUGCCUUGCUUGGUAUGAGCUCCGACGAUCCCAGUGCGGCAGGAUUAUUAGCCGAUUACGGUGCUUCAUGGGAAACGGUCUUUAGGAAACUUGUUACCUUCUCCCUCUCAAAUCAGAUGUCUGUUGAGACUUGGGACGGGAAGGAGGUAGCGAUGAUCAGCGGCAAGGGCUGUGUUUUGGGCGAAGUAUCUGUGGUUGAAGGAGAUACAAUCACUUGGAAGGUCACGCCCAAAGGUCGGAGCCAGUCCUUCACCCUCCCAGCAUCAGCAAAACCAAUCCGACCACGGGAUGUCAUCUGCCUCCUCCAAGGGGCAUCAAGGCCUACAAUCAUUAGGCUGCACAAAGAUUACUCAGCUGUUAUCAGGAUUGCGGUUUCCUUUGUGGACAAUUCAGAUGUUCCAAAUACCAAGUGGUCAGAACGUCUAGAGUCCCUAGACGACUUCCUGCUUAUCUGGGACUGGGACACAUCUCAGGAUCGCGUGCAGGCCAAGGAGUACCAAGAUUUUCGAAGUGGACAAGGGCUAUUCGAUCACAAGUCGCAAGCUCAAAAGGACCUAGAUAAAGCGACUAGAUUAUGGUGGGUGGGGCGGGUAUUGGAAAGUCUUGGAAGAUACGAGGAGGCAGUAAACAGUUUACAGAAGUCAGUGGAAAUGGGCAUUAUGGUCCUGAGAGGCGCGCAUAGCUUAGAAUCGAGUUACGCAAGUUGGGCAGCCUGGGGAGAUCUAUUCGUUAAAGACAGGGGCGGUAAAGACAGGGGCGGGUGGGCGCCGCUGCUAUAUGCGGCGGAGAAGGGGUAUGAGGGAGUUGUGCGGCAGCUCCUCGAGAGAGGCGCUGCGGUUGAGGCGAAGGAUAACGACGGACGGACGCCGCUGUCGUGGGCCGCCGAGAAGGGCCACGAGGCCGUUGUCAAGCUACUGCUCGGGAAGGGCGCUAAGGUCGAUCUACUGCUCGAUACAGGCAAGGUCGAUGUCGAUGCGAAGGAUAGCGACGGACGGACGCCGCUGUCGUGGGCCGCCGAGAAGAGCCACGAGGCCGUUGUCAAGUUACUGAGGUCCAUAAAGUAG